GCUCUCAUUCACUCGCCGCAACGCACACUGUACGGAGGCACGGAGACCGCAAUAGCAUCGAUAACUAACCGAUCGCAUACUCAAGUCGUUGGAGUCGCCUCUCUGCAGAAGCCGCUAUGAACAAAUACGCAUUGCUGGCCGUGUGCCUGUUGGCUGCCGUGGGCGCCCUGCUGCUGGAGGUGCGGGCCAGCCCUAGUCCGCAAAAAUUGAGCAGCAGCCAGUUGGAAAGCGUCUCUGCCCAGUUUUUGCCACCGGAGUUUCGCAAUACAAACGUCAGCAUGGAUGAUAUUAAGCGCGUCUAUCGCGAUAAGUGCAAGAAGGUGACAGGCACGGAUAACUCAACGUUGUAUCAAGAUAUCGAGGAUGCUGCCGCAAAGCUGGGCUCCUGUCUCAGCGGCCUGGCCAAUCUGACGGCGCUCCAGGCUGAAAUGGAGGCAGCCCGGCCAAUUGGUGAGCUGGAUACCGUGUUCAACAAGUAUUGCCAGCGUGCACCGGAGGCCGAGGAGUGCGUGCGCGCAUUCAAUGCGAAGGUGAAACCCUGCCUAACCGCUGAGGAGCUGCGACAACAGGCCACCAUGAUGCGCCUUGGUGCCUCACUGCUGGGUUUCGCCUGCUCGCGCGGCGGUGAUCAGAUUGCGUUAUUUGUUGCCGAACAAGGACCCGAGUGCCUUGAGGCCAACAAGGAGAGCAUUAGCAACUGCCUGAACAGAUCAUUCCAUCAGUAUAUACCCAAGGAUGGCCAAGUACCCGAUCUGAUGAGCCGACCCGAGCUGCUCUUCUCGCCCACACACUGCGUGGACCUGCAGAGCUUCGAGGCCUGUGUGCUGCAUCAUCUGGAACAGUGUGCCGAGAUCACGCCCGCCAACAUUGUGCAGUCAAUUUUCCGCUUUGUGAAGAACGAGACCGACUGCCAGGCGUGGAUGAAUGCACGUGCCAACGAGCGUCCCAUUCUGCUGGCCAGCGCCAACAAUACUGGCGGCGGCGACGGUGCCGGCACUCUGGUCACGACCCUUGGCGGCACCUUGGCCGUCACGCUGGGCGCCUUCAUGCUGCGUUACUAGGCUAGCAUUUAGAAUUUCAUACUCAUAAAUGCGUUAUUUCAAUUAUCAUAUAUACAUUUUUUUUUGUUUUUUUUUUUUCUCCCAAUCUGCAAUAAUGAGAGUAGUGAUAACAUUUCCUGCAUAUUGUGCAAGUAUUCGUAUGUAUUUUAUCAUUAUUAUUUUUUUCGUUUUUGUUUAAAUACUAAUGUACGGUACUUUGUAAUAUAAUGACUACUUUAUUUAUUGCUUA